AUGUCUCAAUCUGCUUCUAAGAAUCAAGAGCCUGUUGAUCCCGAAGCAUCUUGCCGCGGCAUUGCAUACAGAGACCUUUCGCCCGAACAACAAGAAAUGAGCGACAUUCUGUAUAAAAUGGAGCGCCACAACCUAGACCUGUUAGGCAUUGCAGAACUUGGUCGUGACGGGAUUUUCCGGUAUCUCGAUGCCGAUCGCAAUAUUCACUAUGCAAUUGCUCUAAGGCCGGCAUUAAUAAAGGCUCUAUUAGACCGCACGCCUUAUAAUCAGGAGGAAGAGGAAUUCUGGCAUGGAAUUAAUGGCACAAAAGUGCCUAAAGACCAGUGGUAUAAUCCACCCCCAGGUAUCCUCCCACCACCACUAUCUGAGGAACAUCGAAACGAGGGCCGACAGCUUAAUGAGAUGAACAAAGAGAAGUUUGACAAGAUUCGUACAGAUUCGAAGAACUACAAGGAACGUCUUGUCUUUAUAGAGUCAGAUCAUAAGCUUGAAUAGAUAUACUGGAG